CUACUUCUGAAGAAAAUAAUUUUAGUCGUGUCAAUAACAGUGAUACAGUUGAAGUAUAUGCAACUAAUCAACUUUUAUCUGCAGAAAGUGAGAUGACAGCACCAUUAUACAAUGUUGCAAGAAGUGAAGAGUUUGAUACAGCACAAAAUUUCGUACAUACAGAAGAUAGAAUAAGUAUGUGUACCGAAAUUACUAAUUUUCUAUCUUUUUUUUCAUCGAAUCCAGAUCUUAGUACUACUCAUGAGGAUAAAAUACAUACUCUUGCCAAUCAAACAGUAUUUUUCCCUUCAGAACCCGUUCAAAUUCCUAUUCAAGUUCUUGUUUGA